AUGCCAUUUGGUCUGGCCGGAGCCCCUUCGGUGUUCAUGUCCAUGAUCAAUGAGACACAACCUCUUUCCAUAUGUAGUGAGAGUUGCUGUCAUGGCCAAAGCAAGAAAAUGAAGGCAGGGGAGCCAUUUUGCUGCUAUGACUGCAUCCCAUGUCCAGAAGGGAAGAUUUCCAAUCAGAAAGAUAUGGAUGACUGUAUCACUUGCAGAGAAGAUCUCUAUCCAAGCAUGGAGCAAGAUCAGUGCAUACCCAAAGACUUAACUUACUUAUUUUAUGAUGAGCCACUGGGGGCCACUUUAGCCAUUUUUGCCCUUAUCUUUUCUUUAAUCACAGUUCUAAUGCUAGGCAUCUUUAUGAAGCAUCGGAACACACCCAUUGUCAGAGCCAACAAUCAGAGCAUCACCUACACUCUCCUCAUUUCUCUCCUGUUCAGCUUCCUUUCUUCUUUCUUAUUCAUUGGCAGACCAGAGAAAAUAACGUGUCUCCUACGGCAAAUGGCCUUUGGAAUCGUCUUCUCAGUGUCCGUUUCUUCUGUGUUGGCCAAAGCUGUCACUGUGCUUCUGGCUUUUAUGGCCACCAAACCAGGAAGCAGAAUGAGAAAAUGGGUGGGGAAGAGAUUGGCUCACAUCCUUAUUCUUUCCUGCUCCUUCCUACAAACAGCCAUUUGUACUGUGUGGCUGGUAACCUCUCCUCCAUUCGAAGAUACUGAUAUGCAUUCAGAGCCCGACUCCAUUGUACUGGAAUGUAAUGAGGGGUCCGUAAUGAUGUUUUACUGUGUCUUGGGCUUCCUGGGUUUUCUGGCCACUGUCAGUUUCGCUGUGGCUUUCCUUACAAGACAACUGCCUGACGGUUUCAAUGAAUCGAAAUUCAUCACUUUUAGUAUGUUGAUGUUUUGCAGUGUUUGGUUAUCUUUCGUGCCUGCCUAUCUGAGCACCAAGGGAAAGCACAUGGUGGCCGUGGAGAUCUUCUGCAUCUUAGCCUCCAGCGCUGGGCUGCUGGGUUGCAUCUUUCUCCCUAAAUGCUACAUUAUUAUUUGGAGGCCCAAGCUGAACAAAAGGGAGCAGCUAAUGAGCAGACAAGGUUAA